CCAGGUCUGCCUUCACACACUUCCUGUUGGAGUCCUGGGACCACGUGAGGAUGCUGCCAUGGCUUCUUGUCUUCUCUGCUCUGGGUCUCCAAGCCAGGAGUGCACCCACCAUUGUCUCCCGCAAGGAGUGGGGGGCAAGACCACUCACCUGCAGCGCUUUGCUGACUUCGCCUGUGGCCUACGUCAUCAUGGACCAGCUCACGGGGAUGGAGUGCCAGGAGCAGAGCAUUUGCAGCCAGAUGCUGAGGGACCUACAGUCUCAUUCUGUCUACACUGCAGGCUUGUGUGACGUGGCCUACAACUUCCUGGUUGGGGAUGAUGGCAAGGUGUAUGAAGGUGUUGGCUGGAGCAUCCAAGGCUUGCACGCCCAGGGCUACAACAGCAUCUCCCUGGGCAUCGCCUUCUUUGGCAGCAAGAUAGGUAGCAGACCCAGCCCUGCUGCCUUAUCAGCUGCAGAGAGCCUGAUCUCUUAUGCCAUCCAGAAGGGUCACCUGUCACCCAGGUAUAUUCAGCCACUUCUCCUGAAAGAAGAAACGUGCUUGGACUCUCAACAUUCAGCAAUGCCCAGGAAAGUUUGCCCCAACAUCAUCACACGAUCUGCUUGGGAAGCCAGAGAGACACAUUGCCCUAAAAUGAACCUUCCAGCCAAAUACGUCAUCAUCAUUCACACCGCUGGAACAACCUGCAAUAUAUCUACGGACUGCCAGACUCUCGUCCGAAACUUGCAGUCCUAUCACAUGGACACACAGGACUUUUGUGACAUUGGAUAUCACUUCCUGGUGGGCCAGGAUGGUGGUGUGUAUGAAGGUGUUGGCUGGCAUAGCCAAGGCUCCCACACCUACGGAUUCAAUGAUAUUGCCCUCGGAAUUGCCUUCAUGGGCUACUUUGUAGAAAGACCUCCAAAUGCUGCAGCGCUGGAGGCAGCCCAGGACCUGAUCCAGUGUGCUGUGGUCGAGGGGUACCUGACUCCCAAUUAUCUGCUGCUGGGCCACAGUGAUGUGGUCAACAUCCUGUCCCCUGGGAAGGCGUUGUAUGAAAUCAUAAGCACGUGGCCUCAUUUCAAGCACUGAUGAGGCCCUGACUUCUCCUGAGACUGCUCUCCCUUCUCUGUCGGCUUUUCCUUUCCUUCUAUCCACCCUGGCUCAAUACCUUGUGUCCCCCU